ACUUGGAGAAAUCGCGGAGACAAUCGAGCCGAUCUCGAACGAGUUGACCCAUUGUAUGGAAGCGCCGCCAGGGUGCAGUAGAGAGUGCGUGCUUGGUUUCAUUAGAACAUCCGCUGGGUGUCAGUGUAGAUGCGCCACCCAAGGAAUAAUGGAGGGUGACAUCAAAAUAGAAGCUGGACAAUACAAUGGGAUGCUUAACGCUAUGGGACUUCCCCGUGAAAGCCACGUGACAACCAGGGGGGCCACUGGCGCCACCUUCGGGCGCAAGUGGCCGAAAGAAGGUGAUUUCGUCAUCGUGCCUUACACUUUUAACGCGAAUGUUGCGGAAUCGAAGCGGGAAAAAGUCCGCCAAGCUAUCCUGAGAUACAAUGAAGUCACUUGCAUCAGGAUUCGUCCCAGGAGGGGAGAGAGAGAUUAUAUUGAGAUCAAAGAUGGAACUGGAUGCAUGUCGGACCUUGGGAGGUCGGGAGGGAAACAAUCGAUGACGCUUGGUAGAGGAUGCGACUCGAUGCGAGGAAUAAUCAUCCACGAGUUCAUGCACGCCCUCGGAUUCUUUCACGAACAAUCAAGGUUCGAUCGCGAUCGUUACGUCACAGUCGUUUGGAACAACAUAAAAUCGG